AUGUCUUAUCAUUACAAUGAAGCCUUUGAAAAUCCAGACUACCACUUCUCAGAGACAUUGGAAAUGGAUAGAAGGGGGAGCUCUCAAAGGAACCCAUUCUCUCACCGAACUCCUCAUGAUUCAUCUCAGUCUGAUUACUAUGGAGAGCACAGAGGGAGGGAGCAGAACUACCCUGUGGCCAUCCCAAUGGUUUCCCUGGGCCCUGGCUCUGACUACAGCCAGGAUUUACCCAGAACAAGUCCAUAUGGAAAUUUCACAGAAAAUCUUUCCUUUGAGCCUGAGCCAGAACUGACUUACACCCCACAUUCUACCUCCCAUAUUCUGGAUUAUCCCUACACUCAUGGAAUUUCCAGUGGAUCAGAGGACAGCUUCAUUCGGAGACGCAACCGAAGGCCCCCCGAUGAGAUCUUCGUGACUUCUUCCAGCAUGCCUGAGGCAGAUCCAGUGUGCAGGGAAGAGGAAGAUUUAGUUGGAAGUCUUGCAAGUAUGUCUAGCAAUGAAAGGAUUAAAGCAAUCCAGAAGAUGCCAAAGACCAUGAGAAAAAAGAGAGAGAUCAGAAACAAAGUUCUGAAAGAAAGAACCAAAAAAUCACGGCAUCGUGGUGCUCAGUGGACACAGGGAGCACCGGGAGUGUCAUUUCGGCGAUUUGGAAAUGCCCUUUCAGAAUUUUUUCAACAACUGCGGCCAUGGCACAAGAGUCUGAAGAUCAUUGGUGCUGAGUUUGGAACAAGUGUUCUUUCUUAUUUUGUUUUCUUGAAGUGGCUGCUAAAUUUUAACAUCUUCUCAUUUCUCAUAAACUUUGGUUUCAUCACAAUUCCUCAGUUUCUGGCAGCAGAACCAAAUAACCUUUCAUUCACGGGCCUGGAGCUGCUCACUGGAGCUGGUUAUUUUCAACAAACAGUUCUCUACUAUGGCUUUUACACCAAUGCUACAAUCAGUAAAGUGGAGAAUGGUCCAUCUUACAACAUGCAGCUGGCCUAUAUUUUCACUGUUGGAAUAUAUUUUGUCAUCUGUUUUCUUAUCUUGUUGUUCAGCAUGGCAAGAUUCUUCUCCAGUAACUUUAGGUUAACAAAGGCAUUCUCUGUGAAUGCCAGCAAGCUGCUCUGUAUUUGGGACUUCAAUAUAACUAAUGAAGAAGCUGUAAAGCUGCAACAAAAGAAUCUCCUCACACAAAUAAAGGAAGAUCUCACUGAAGUAAACAAAGAAGUUGUAAAUUUUUCUGUGAUGGAGAGAUUUGUUCAUAUUGCUACUCAUCUCCUUGCUUGGGUUGUUUCCCUGGCAAUAGCAGUAGCUGCUUGUGCUGGUGUUUACUUCCUCUCCAUUAAUAACCUCGAGCUGUUUAUGAAAGGGUAUAGCAAUGAUCUACAGAGACAAUCUGCCAUGUUGGUGCUACCUGUGAUUGUGUCUCUCCUCAACACAUUGGUCCCAUUCCUCUUCUCCUGGCUUGGGCACCUGGAGAAGUUCCAGACUCCUGGACAGCACAUAUAUGUCACUAUUGUCAGAAAUAUCAUCCUGAAAAUCUCAAUUGUUGGAAUAUUGUGCUACUAUUGGCUGAACAUCGUGGCUACCUCAGAGUCACAGUGCUGGGAAACUUUGGUUGGCCAAGAUAUCUAUCGUCUUGUUCUAGUUGACUUCAUAUUUUGUUUGCUUGGCUCUUUCUUUGGAGAGUUUUUAAGAAGAAUUAUUGGAACUACAGUCUGUGUGAGCCUGGGGCUGCCAGAAUUUGAUAUUGGACGAAAUGUUUUAGAUUUGAUCUAUGCACAGACUUUGACCUGGAUUGGUAUCCUGUUCUCACCGCUGUUGCCUGGUAUCCAGAUGAUAGCAUUUCUUAUAGUAUUUUUUGUGAAAAAGGUCAGUCUGAUGAGGAAUUGCCAGCCCCCUCGUGAAGUCUGGAGAACUGCUCAAAUGACCACAUCCUUCAUUUUCCUGCUGUUUUGUCCUUCCUUCCUUGGAGUCCUGUCUGUCACUGGGGUCACUGUCUGGAGGUUAAAGCCUUCAGAAGAAUGUGGCCCUUUCAGAGGUUUGCCUUCCAUGUAUGCUGCAGUUGGUGAGUGGAUACAGACACUGGAAAGAUACACUGCCUCAAAAUGGGUAGUGUGGAUCUACCACAAUUUAAUUGCAAGUGAACUUUUCUUCUUCAUCAUCUCUACUGUUGUACUAAUUGUUACUUAUCUCUACUGGCAAAUAAUACAAGCAAGGAAGACCAUGAUCAAACUCUUACAUAACCAAAUUAUUAAUGCAGGACAAGAUAAGAAGUUUCUGCUCCAAAAGCUACAAAGAGAGCAAAGGGCAAAGAGAAGAAGCUCGUCUGGCCUGGGAGGAAGAGGCCAGCAGAGGAGCUCCUCUUCAUACCACCCAUCCAUGCAACCUGCCCAGGAGGUGCCAGGCUACCCAGAAAGGGCAUUUGACAGACACCAAAACACAUCCCACAAUGAGCAUCCCUUUUCUGUUGAGAUCUCAAGCAGCAGCGACUUUUCACCAGGCGCUGAGCCCAGCCCGCCCGGCCGGAGCCCCGGCACGUCCCGGGCCGUGGUGCUCGCCCUGCGCGCCCGGGCAGUGGCGCUGGAGGAGGACAGCGAUGGCACCGGGGGGUUCCAGCCCUGGGCAGGCACGGACAGCGAUGGCACCGGGCGGUUCCAGCCCUGGGCAGGCACGGACAGCGAUGGCACCGGGGGGUUCCAGUCCCAAAGCGGCACGGGCAGUGAUGGCAGCGAGAGAUUCCAGCGCUGA